UUGAGAGAUUGGAAAUGGCGGAGAGCAGAGACCAAAGCGAUAACUUGGGUUAGCAAACGCGAGUGCGCCGUCAUUGAAACGCAGAAACCUCCCACAAGUGAUUCACCGAGUUACUUACGACUUGCUACUGCCGCUGGAAUAUAAGUCGCACACAGGGCAAAGGGAUUUUCGGAACGAGGUUUGGAUUUAGCAAGCUGGUUAGCUGGCUAAGCUAACCGUGCUAGCAACCUGGCGUUAGCUAGCUUCAAGUCGUGUGUGAUUUUAACCACGCAGGCUUGUUUGUCAACAUAAGCUGACGUUAAAUUGAUAGUGAGCCAGCUAACGCACUACUUUUGCCCGGUUUCCAAGCUAACCUACUUGCGUUUAUAACAUGUUCGACAACGCUGACCGCAAAUUUAUCAAUCCAAAGUAAGUGAGGAUAAAAAGUCAGACAUCUGACCAUCCUUGUCGCGAGCAAGCAGUAAAUUAAGCUGGUUAGCUAAGUUGGCUAACUGGCUUGUUUUACACACAGCCUCAGCUGCUGUUUGCAUGGGAAUUAAUCAUCCAGCGUGACAACCUACAGCAAGACCCCGUUGGCAGGAUCAUUAUUUAUCAUCUCAACUAAACAGUCAGAGGCCAAAGGGCUUCUCCCUGCACCUGGGAUGGUGCCAUGUGACAGAGCGGCUGUGGAGCCAUAACCCCACUACCACCGCUCCAUCAUCUCGACGUUAAGCUGCUUGCCCACCACUGAUCUCACUCCCAGUCUCCCCUCCUUCCCUUUAGCUUUGCUCAGAGCCCUGGACAAGGCCACCACAGCCACCACAUGACUCACCCACUGGAGCCCUAGAUCAAGUCAGUUGAAGCUGAAAAUGAGUGCAGUAGGGGAAAGCCCCCUGGACCCUGCCACGCCAGAGUCACGCAAGAGGAAGGGCUCACCAUGCGACACGUCAGGGCAAAGCCUGGAGAAGCGGAGACGGGAGCUGGAGUGCCGCUACAUCGAGGAGCUGGCCGAGCUGCUGUCAUCGAACAUGGGCGAUAUUGCCAGUCUCAGUGUCAAGCCCGACAAAUGCCACAUCCUCAAGAGCACCGUGGACCAAAUCCAGCAGAUCAAACGGCGUGAGCAGGAAAAAGCAGCCCUUCUAUCUCCAGAUGACGAGGUGCAGAAAAGCGACAUCUCCUCCAGUAGCCAGGGGCUGGUGGAGAAGGAGGCACUGGGGCCCAUGCUGCUAGAGGCCCUUGAUGGGUUUUUCUUCGUCGUCAACCGGGAGGGCCGCAUCGUCUUUGUUUCUGAGAACGUGACGAGUUACCUUGGAUACACCCAGGAGGAGCUGAUGACAUCAAGUGUCUACAGCAUCCUCCAUGUGGGAGACCACAAUGAAUUUGUUCGCAAUCUGCUGCCCAAAAGCCUGGUAAACGGUGUCCCAUGGCCGCAGGAACCUGGCCGCAGGAACAGCCACACGUUUAACUGUCGCAUGCUGAAGAGGCCUCCGGACGAGGUGGAUUCAGAGAAUAUGGAGGCUCGACAGCAGUAUGAGAUCAUGCAGUGUUUCACCGUGUCCCAGCCACGGGCCAUGCAGGAGGAGGGAGAAGACCUGCAGAGCUGCCUGAUCUGUAUUGCCUGUCGGAUGCCACGCAUCCAGCCUGUCAGCACUGAGUCUUUUAUCACGAAGCAAGACCCGACAGGGAAGAUCAUCUCCAUAGAAACUAGUGCUUUGCGAGCGACAGGCCGGCCUGGCUGGGAGGACCUGGUCAGGAAGUGCAUCUACGCAUUCUUUCAGCCGCAGGACAAAGAGCCCUCCCACGCCAAGAAGCUGCUGCAUGAGGUGAUGACCCAUGGCACCGCUAUCAGCCCGCUCUACAAUUUCACAUUAAGUGAUGGCACCCCACUCAGCGCUCAGACCCGCUGCAAGUUCUGCUGCCCCCCCAACCCUGACGUACAGCCCUUCAUUAUGGGCAUUCACACUAUUGACAGGGAACACAACACUGCUAGCUCUCAGGAAAACACUAACCCCAGCCUUCCACCGACCCUCGGCAGUAUUGCCCAAACUCCCUCCCGCUCCCCUUCUCUUCCUCCCGGCAGCAACUCAACCCAAGGCUCAGGCCUCGCCACCCCGGGCCUUCACACCAACAACAGCAAUGCCUCCUCCCAUGGACAUAACCUAGCCACACCCACAGGCUACCUGACGCCCAAUCGGACGAACUGUCCCCAGCAGGUCAACAGCCCCUCUCCUUUAAGCAGCCCACUCACAGCCACCCCUACCUCUUUUAUGUCACCCAGGAUGCCACGGGCUAGUCCUGGGUUAGGGGGAAGUCCUCGAGUCCCGGGGAACCCCUUCUCUCCCUCCACACCAGGCCUCCAUUCCCCAUCUGGGGCUCUAAGCAGUGGAGGCAGCCUCAACAGGCAGCAGUCUGGUGGUGAUAGUAAUAGUGGCGCAAGCGGUGGAUCAACAGGGUCUUUCCCCUUGUCCUCUCCUGUCCUUCAGAGACAAGCCAGUACGCCCACCAGCUCCUCUACUCGGCCUCCAUCAGCAAAAGCCCCAGAGGGAGGGGAAGAAGGGGGAGAGGACUCUGUUAAAGCCCCCCUUCCUUCUGCCUCACAGCUGGGAAAUCCCAGACUCAAUCAGCUCCUGGAUAGCAAUGGGACAGCAGUUGAAUCUAACAACAACAGCACCUCUUCACCUCAUCCUCCGAACCCUUCUCCUGCCCCUCAGUGCCCUGCCUCCCACAGUAGUCUGACAGAAAGACAUAAGAUCCUGCACCGGCUGCUCCAGGACACUAGUCCCAAUGAUGCCUCCACCACCACUGAGGAAGGAAUAAACAAAAACGAAGUGGAGAUCAAGAAGGAGCCGCCCGCCAGUCCAGCACUGAGUACAGCACCUUCUAAGUCCAGCUCCAGAGAGCCACAGGACCACCAGUUACUCCGCUUUCUCCUUGAUACAGACGAAAAGGAUUUGGGAGACCUGCCACCUCCAUCUGCUCUGAGCCUUCAGACAGUCAGAGUAAAGGUAGAGAAGAGAGCCAGCGGGGAGGGCGUGGCCUGUACAGGCUCAACUGUUGCAGCAGGAGGUGCCACCAAACUUCCAGGAGUUUCCAGCAGCUCUGCUUGCAUCAGCCCCAAAUCAAGUCCUGUCGGAGAGAACCGCAGAGACAGCCGCAAGGACAGCAGAGACUCUACGAUGUCUGGUGGACCUGUUGACAUGGAGCCUCUCACCCAGCUGCUGCCUGGCCUGAGAGGCCCGAGUGGGGCCAAACAGGGCAGCGAGAAUUCAGCAACCCCUGGAGGAGGCCCCCAACUCCAGUCUCCAGCCUCCCAGCCCCCAGCGCAGCUCCAGAGUCCUGUGCCUCAACUCCAGUCUCCCCUGUCCCAGUCCCUUCCCCAGUUGCAGUCCCCAUCGCCUCAGCUUCACUCCCCUUCCCCCCAACUCAAACUGCAGUCACCCACUCAGCUCCAGCCCGGUGAGGCCAGCACUCCCCGCAAUGUAAAUGUGAAGAGAGAGCCUCCUGGCACUCCUAACAGAGGGCUCAGUGAUGGCGGCCCACCCUCUGGCUGCAGCCUCCAAAGCCAGUCAUCAUUCGAUUUUUGCAAUCCCGCCACUCCAAGCCAACAACAGGGCCAGGGACAAGGAGACCCCUUCCAGACCCCCAAAGACAGCAGUCCAUUUCCAGAGGCAGAAGUUAUCAACCCAUUCAGUUCAAGCACUGGCCUAACCAAGAUGGAUGUGGGAGACUCCCAGUUCCAGGCUCUGGCUCUGUCUGACACCUUGUCUUUUGAUGGUCUUGGAACGCCUUUACAGGCUCCUCUGGCAUCACCACAAGAGCAGUGUGUACCCUGUACGCUGGAUGAAGUGCUUGGCCCUCCGACCACACCUGAAGGCCGAAACGAUGAGAAGGCUCUGCUGGAGCAGCUCGUCUCCUUCCUCAGUGGGACCGAUGAGAGCGAACUGGCUGAGCUGGACAAGGCCCUGGGUAUUGACAAACUAGUACAGGGUGGCUGCUUCGACCCUUUGCCUCAAACUUUCCCACCCCAGCAACCCACUGCCACCCCAGUUUCCAUGGACCCUAAACUUCCCACCUACCCUUCCCAAUUUACACCAGCUCCACAAGCUCAGUUUCCUCCAGAGCUGGCCACGGUGGGGCCGCAGGGUCUGGGGUUUGGAGCUCCUCGAGGGGCUUUCCCCGGUGGGACAACAGGCUUGGGCCUGAGGCCAGGCAUGACCAGACCACAGGGGGUGGGCACUCAGCUCAGGCUGCCACCCAACCAACUGCGCCUGCAGCUCCAGCAGAGACUGCAGGGCCCACAGCAGCUCCAGAACAGGCUGGCAGGCAUGAAUCCAUUUCCAGGAGGAGCCCAGCAUGUGAACAUAGGCAUUCGUCAGGGGGUUCAGCAACCUCAAAUGCCCUCACAACAGCCUCCACUGAAUGCCCAGAUGCUGGCCCAGCGUCAGAGGGAACUCUAUAGCAUCCAACACCGCCAGCGCCAGCUUUUCCAGCAGAAGGUCAUGCUGAUGAGACAGAACAUGGCAGGCGCUCCGACUGGAGCUGUGGGGCCCGUUGGAACUGCCAGGGCUCCAAAAGCUGCCCCCACAACGCCGCAGCAGCAGCAGCAGCAACAGCAACAGCAGCAGUUCAACUUCCCACCAGGGUAUACCCCAAUGACGGGAAACCCCCCUACCUCACCAAGUCACUUCAGCCCCAUGUCCGGGGGCCCUCUGGAUAACAAACUGUCCGGCAGAGUUCCCCUGAAUAACCAGACGCUGAUGAGCGGCGUGCAGGGCCAGUUCAACAGCACCGUGAACUCCUCAUUGCAGCAAGGCCUGUUUCAGCAGUUUGGAGGGUCUGCCGUGGUCCAACAAGACCCAUCUUUCCCUCCUGAAAUGAGCCCCACCAGCCCGUUGUUGUCACCUCAGAACUCCACCUCCCAGAGUCCUCUGCUUCAGCAGGCCCCACCUCCUGGCUACCAGUCACCAGACAUGAAGAGCUGGCAACAGACAGGCAUGGGCAGCCUGUUCAGUCAGUCAGGGCAGAGUACGGGGCAGGCAUUCGGCCAGCAGGGGGUUUACAACAACAUGAGCAUCACCGUCUCCAUGGCUGGAGGCUCGGGAGGCGUCACCUCAUUACCUCCCAUGGGGCAGCCAGUUGGUAUAAGCAACAGUAACCUCAGUAACGUCGGUUCAGUGUGCAGUGACCAGCAGGUGCAACAGGUUCAGGUGUUUGCGGACGUCCAGUGCACAGUGAACCUUGUUGGCAGUGACUCUUACCUGAACCAGGGCUCCAUCGGAGCUGCGGCCUCCCAGAAGGGCCCCGGACCGCAGAGCUCCCAGAACAACCAGGCCCAGCAGAAGAGCCUCCUCCAGCAGCUGCUCACCGAGUGACACCCCCACUCCCUCAGCUCUCCUACUCCCUCUACUUCUCACUUCUACGCCUCCUCCUCGGAGGUCGGUGCACCAGACCCAUUGCUGUCUCUGUCUCACCUUUUGGAUGGAUGGUUGGAUGGAUGGAUGGAAGAAUGGAUGUUUGGACGGCCACAGAGUAGGCUCAGAGAGGUCUGGCUGUCGGUGGAGUUACACAGCCUAACCACUUCUGUGCAGGGGGAUCCGGGGCUGGUUGUUUUACCGCCCAGUACUUUUAGAAAAGACUCAAGUCAGAAGGAGCAGCAGUGUAUUUAAACCUGCCUGUCUAAUCUGUCUGACAACCUGUCUGUCUGCCUCAGCCUAUUAAAGGCAGUGUUGUCUUGCUGCUCAUUCCUUGGUGACCUACUUCCUGCUUCCUGACCCAAGAAAACAACUGCAACAUAAAUGUAGAUUUGCCAAGUUGUCGUCACUGUCAAAUCAGGGCCGGCCUCCUUUUGUGUUUUUGUUUUUGUUUUUUUUCUCCUGAUCGGACGGUUUCUGUCUGGUCGUCACAGCAGCAGUGCAUCUUGGGAGCAUGAGUUCUAGCAUACAGCUGAGCUCAGCGUUCAAGUGUGGGAGUAUCCCACACUACAGCACCUCUGGCUUUUAUUUUUGUUUGUUUUUUUUGUUUUCCUCUACCUGUCUCAGCGAUGUGGGAAUGUUAAGGUUUCAGACCUCUGUGGCAUUGUGGGAUAGAAGCUCAGUAUCAGCUGGUUCUGUGACUGUCUCUCUCUAUCAGCUACAGUGCCUGGUGGAAGUUUGAGUUUUUCCCAAGCUCUGCUUCUUCUUCUACAUAUUAUUCUAUUACGUUUUCUGUUAUUUUUAUUUUUUGGUUGAAAUGUUUUUUUUUUUUUGUUUGUUUAAAAAUCUUCUGCUCUCACCGUCAUCAUCAUCAUCUUCAUGAUCAUCAGAACAAGCUUUGACAACAGCCAGAAUGGAUGGAUGGAUUGAUGGAUGGAUGGAUGGAUGGAUGGAUGGGAGACAGACGGGAUGCUGCUCAGUUUGGAACUUACGUGUCUUUCUCCCCCUGGGAGGAGGUUUUAUUUUUAUUUUUUCAAAGUAUAAAAAAGACUGUUAUGAUUAUUUAACUGUCUGUCCGUCACAUUUUACCCCUCACCUCAGCAGCUGUGAAUACAGAGCCCUGUUGGGUUCUUUCUCCCUCUCUCUCUUUAUCUCUUUCUCUCUCUCUCUUUCCCUCUCCCUCUCUCUCUCUCUCUCUCUGUGUAUCUUUCAUGCUAUCUCUCGGCCUAUCAGUGUUGUUUGCCAUGUGCACCAUGCAGGCGGGUAGUAUUGUACAGUACAGAAGGACAAAGACUUGGGGAUGAGCUCACUCUUCUCUUGUAACUGCUUUCCUUUUUAAAAAAAAAAAAAAAAAAAAAGUGUAAUUAAUUGAUUACUCAGAACAGCAAAACUAUGUAUAAUGUGAUUCGAUCCAGGUUUUUCUUUUUUUUAGUUUCCUUUUUUUGAAAAGUGUUCUAAAAAUGUCAGCUAAUGGUUUAUGGAGAUUAUUUUUUUGGCAUCAUAAUAUUGUAAUACCGCUACAUGUUGCAGUGGAGAAGGAUUCCAGCUUCUAAAAAUGUGAAAAGAAAUUUUAAGCGAUUGAUUUUUUUUUUAAAAAUAGCUAGAUCUCGCUCCCGCUGGCGUCCCAGCCAGCGCUACAUGCAGCCACACUCUGAAAAAAAAAAUGGGUUUGAUUGCUUUGCUUUCUCUUGUGGUAACCAGGGAGCUAGUUAGCCAUCUUUUCUUGCUUUCUCCUCUUUUUUAUUCUUAUGUAUGUACAAUACUUUCAAAAAAAAACUUUUCAGACAGUAAAUGUGUUUGUAACCAUUGUAUAAAAGAGCAUAAUAAUACCUUAAGUGGGGUUCUUUGCUGAGACUGCGCGACCUCUGCCGAUGCUAACGGUACUGAGCCGCAUCAACAUUGUAGCCGCAGUCACAGCAAACGACGUGCUUUUGGAUAUUGUUCCUAUAUAAUGACAUUUAAGUAGAGGCUUUAGUAAUAGAAGUUCCUAACAAAGAUGUGAUGGAUAAUUAAUUUAAAGGUGUCAUGAAUUUGAAUCAAAACAGGAAGGGUUGAGUCACCAAAAAAAAAACACAGCAUUUCCUUUCAUUUUCUCCUCACCUCCUGCAAACCUGAUUGAUCAGUGUUGUUCCCAUUGAGGAUAAUUUUUUUUGGGAUUCAACCCUCUUCUCCCUCCACCUCUGGUUCCCUGACGAAGACUUCACUCCACUGGCUACAUACACUCACAGUUUUCUGUUGACUACUGUUGCUCAGUCAGACACUGUCUCUCUCAGCGAUAACGGACCUCUCUUUGAAGAAAAAGAAAAAACAAUUCCACUUUUCCCUCGCCAAGAAGUUGUGCUACUUGGACCUCACCAGAAAAUUAGAAGGAAACCGCUGCUGAGACGUUGCCUCUGAAUAUUCUUUACAUGACUAAAUUAUUGUAAAGAUGUACACUCGAUCUCUGAAUUAGGCACGUUUCGAUGCAAAUGAAAAAUUCUAAAUGAGUCUGACACCCAGAGGUUUAAAUUGUAGGAUGCUAGACAACAUCUGGAAGGACUGAGAUCAUGCUGGUUUCAUAAGCCCUUUCUACACAGGAUUUUUUUAAUCGGGGAGCAUCCAGUGAUUUGUAACAACCACCGAGGCCCUCAGUGAUUUAAAUCUGCCAAGUCUGUACCCCAGCACAACAUCCGGUGUCACCUGAUUGAACCAGUCCUGUGUGAGUCCUCGGUCUUGGUUCAUUGUUUCUCUUCCUUCCGGAGACUAGUGGAAUCCGUGGAGAGGGUUUUGCAUACACCGCAGACCUCACAUUUAGACGUUAGGACGUUUCAUCACCCCCCUGUAAAUGAGUCUUUGAACUACCUAACUUAUCGCUCACAUUAGGUCAACAACAGAAUAGGGCUUUUUCCUGUGUACUGGUUUUACAGAGAUACUUCAGCGUAUGCAACAUUACCCAGAUCAAGAGGGAUAGUAUGCAAGGUCAACAUUCCACCCACCUCCAAUGUUGUGUGAUGUCAGAACCACUUUGUGCUCAGCUGUGAUGCUCUUUGUGUGGGUUUGGAUACGUGCAGAUUGAUACGCUGUGUAUCCAAACAGUGGCCCAGGAACAGUCAUGAACUGUUGGUUUCAAAAUGAUGCAUCAAUACACGUUGGAGUGCAGACAGGACUCUUAGGAACAGACAGAGAAAAGAAAACAAUUGACAGUUUUGUCUGUAAAAUUUUUGCAAAUGGUUAAAAUUUAUCAUCACCAAAAUCAAAAUUCACAUUAUUUUUUUCCAGCAGUCUAAAUUUACAAUUAAAUAAAACAGAGAAAAGCAGCAAAAACACACUAGUGAGGCUAAAAGCAGCACAUUUGUGGGCUUUUUGCUUAAUAAAUGACCUGAACAGCUAACUGCUGAUCAAGUAUUUGGUCAUUUUAACUUCUCUGUGGUUCAACAUCAAUAACUUCCUUUGACCUUUCUGCCUCCAAAGGGAGAUUUGUACUCUUGUCUUAUGGAUCGCAAAACAUGCGCUGAACAGCAGAGGGCAGUAAUUCAUUAGUAUCAGUAUGAAACCUGCUCUGCUUCAGGCCUCAAUUGAUUUGCUCCGAUCCCGACUGUGGAUCUGUUCAACAAGUCGUCGCCCCACAAAUGCAAGAAGAAAAAAAAUAUAUUGGAGCGACAAAAACUAUUUGAUUCCCAACUGUGAAGCCUUUGAUCCCCAGCACUUCAAUUCUUCUCCAUUUUGCACUUAACUGGUAGAACAGAAACAGAAAAUGAGAAAGCAGAGAAAUGUUCCCUCAGCUGUGGCCUCCCGUGAGAAUAUCAUCAGUCAGACCCUCCUGUGCCACUGUUUGGUCAGUUUAAAUACAGAGAAGAGGCAGAAGCUGCACAAAGUGAAAGAAUGUAUUUUUGGAAGGUUUCCGUCAGUGUCGGCCUCCUGUUUUCUUUUUGUAACCUGCUCUGAUGAUUUCUACACAUACAGUAUUGACACCCCCCCCCCUCCACCCGCCCUCCCUUCCUUUCACUUUUCUGCGUGGAAUAGGCAUUCCUAUGGAAGUGGUUUCCUCUACAACCCUGUUAAAUGCAGAAACUCAUCAGCAACUGUCAGCUUAUCCUGCAACAACAACAACAACUACAUGCCAAAUACAUCCAAUGCAUAUGUAAGAUUUUUAUUUUUUAUUUUUUUUGUUAUGCAACAGUCAUUCAGUGGAAACGACAGUCCCUCCUUCAUCACUACAAUUAACAGGUACCAGGUUAGGUUCUUUUAUAACAUUUGUUUCAAGAUGUUAACAUAAUGUAUAUAACAGAGAAAUGUGAAUAUGUAUUUGUUCAGAAUCAACAAAAAAGUAGUGCUCCGAGUUUGUGGUAAAUAACUACUCGCCUCCGUCAUGUUUUUAUUUUAUGUUUUGAUUUUCUACUUUUUUUAUUUUUUCUGAUGAUGUAUGUAUGUAUAUGACUAUCAGUGAGUGCGUAUGUAUGUGUGUAAGUGAUUAAUACUGUAUAUCUGGUGUUCUCUAAGAUGGAAAAGUCGAAGAUGUCCUUUUUGAUUCUUUUCUUCUUUUACUCUUUAGACCCUGCACAGUACCUGUGGGUGUUUCAGAUAACUAUGCCAGAGAAUGGUUUAGCGACUGCUGAAUGUGAUUUUACUGAGAGAGAAGCAGUGUGGACUGGCUUUUUGUACGGGUUAAUUUUUUUUUUUUUUUUUUUUUUUUUUUUUUUUUUUAAAAAAAAGGCCAUAUUAUUUAAUUUUCUCUGUUGUCAAAAGUUUAAGCAGAUCUGGGAGAGUGGAGCCUUGGUUUUAUGGAGAAGCAUUGCCUGGUUGUUGUGUAUAUGAGCGGGCUUUGUUUUAUUUUCUAACUGCCUGACUGAUGUAGCCUUUUUUGCAUUUGUCAGUAGUAAAUGACCAAAGCUUCAAGAUGUUUGACGGAUAUCAUAUGCAAACCUCAUCAUCACUGGACAAGACAUAAUGUAGCGGCCCUUUGUUGAUUUGGAUUUCUCUCACAGCGAUGUUCUGCUGCUGCUCAGUGUUGUUUUUUGCAUGGUCGUCCUUCCUGGCUCGUUUCUUUCUAUAGACACUGUCUGUCCUUUAAAGUGGCCUAUCAGCAAACAAUCUUUGUGAUGUCCCAAAGUUAGGUCAGUUUAGAGACGUCUCUCCACUUUGCCAAUGAGGUCUUUUUUAGCCUGAAGUGCUAUCACUCGUUUACAGGAAGAAAAAAAAAAAGAAAAGAAAAAAAAAAAGAAAACAUUGCAACCGUUAGCUAUGCACCUUACUGAAACAAGCAUUUCCUCACGUUGACUUGGAUAUGUAGAAUUAACACUGGAGCAACACUUAGUCAUUCAUUUCAUAGGCAACAAAACAACAGAAACGCCCCCACAGUGGGAUUAUUCCUGUCGAUCUCUGAUGACCUUUCUCAGCUUUUAAUCUCAUUCUUGGGAAAAGAAAAAAAAAAAAAACCUUUUUUUUUUUUUUUUUCCAUUAACUGAAUACUUUAUACCAAACUUGAGGUGCCUCGUGUAUAUAUUUUCUGCAGUAAAGAUUGCUCCUUUGCUGUUUAACAAUAAUAACCUUGUUAACCAGGGUUUUUUUUAAACCUUUUUUCACCUUUAUAAAAAAAAAAGUUUACUGUAUAAAUGACUUUUUUACACACGUAGAAGAUUAAUCAAAUUAUUCCAGGAAUUUGCAAAUACAAUCUAAUUUUGCACUUUAUAUCGGAUUUACUUGGAGUGAAAAGGCCAUCAGAAACUGUCUCAAUCAGAUCAGUAUUUGGAGAUAGAAUAAGUAACGUCCCCUGAAUGUACCAAGAAAAUGAUAGUUUUAGUAGUUUAAUUUGAAAUCAACGAAUUGCUCAGGUUCUUAAAGAAGAACUUGACUUUAGUGGAUACCCAUGAUCCAAAUGAUGACUAAAAAUUGUACUUCUUUGUAAUGUAUUCUUCUCUCUUGUCUUUCUCUAACUUACAAUCCUCAGUAUAAAUACUAUGCUAAUGUUCUUCAGGUGACACCCUCCCCUCCUGCCCGCGCUGUCGGCUGACACCGGGCGAACUGUUAAAAACCCUCAGCUCGAACUCUCAGAACAUUCCUGCUCACGACCGUUUCAGCAACACUUUGCUCCGUAGCUGCUCGGCGUUCGCUUUUCCUCUCACGCGGCAAGUUUUUCCUUAAACCAAGGUUGGACGCUCCGCUUUGUGUCGGUCAAAAAAACAAAAAAACGUGUGCUUGUGUGAGACUUCACCUCUGCUAUCCAGCAGCGCACUGACAGAAAUGACAACACUCUUAACCGUGUUGCACGUCCUCUCUGUUUCGCUCGUCUCGUCUCACUGUCGUGCUGCCUAAUGUGGAGUAUUUAGUGGUGCGCCGAUACCAGGAUCGGGCUAGUGACUGGAGUGGGUUGCCAUCUUUUUUUGGGGCUGGAACAAUUGAGGAGGUUUCAUUAUGAUCCUCUUAGCAGGAUUCUCGCUUGUCAUUGGUCCAAAAAUGGUGUUUUUGCACUACUGAGACGCUCCGUGGUUUUCAAGUCCAACUCAUUCCUAACGCAGGUGUUCAAAUGUAGUUUCAGCUCCGUGUCACAGUUACCACAGCAUCAGUUGUACGUAUUGUAAGUGCUGCCUUAUUGGGACUGAGGUUGGAUAUGGUUCAGAGAUUUAACAGAAGGCUUGUUAUUUACUCACCACUUUGUGUUGUGUUUGGGGGGCGGUAAUGCUUUCUCUGGAGAAUCUGAGAUAAAAAAAGAAAAAAGAAAGACCAAGGUUCCACUUUCUCCCUUGUACAAAUUAAUAUAAAUAAAUAUAUAUAUAAAUAUAUAUUAUACAUUUUACUCAUUUUUGUCCAGUUUUGUAUAUUACACUCAUGUAAAGUUUGUUUUUAAAGAGGCAUCGGAGCAGCUAUUACAAGACAAUAUGAGUGACAAUGUUCAUCUGGGAGAAUUUUAUGCAUGUUAUAUUUUCUCUUUUUCUCUCUCUCUGUCUCUUUUAACACCCCUCAACCCCCCUGUUCAGGUGUGUAACGUGAAUAUAAAGAAAUCUACCUUUUCUUUGGAAUGUUGUAGACAAUCAGUCUCAGGCCGGGUCCAGUCCCUGCAGGGAGUGACAGCCCUGUAGGCUAACAGACAAACAAAA